AUGACUUCCAGAAAGAAAGGAUCUCAUGUUCGUGACCAACAUUUUGGGGAAGGAGAUGAUUUUAUGAAGCAGACAUCAAGCUUCAGGCAGGUCAGAAAGGGGAGAAAUCGGUCCUCAGAUCAAAAGUCAGAUGAGCUGAGGAAUCUUCAACCAGCUCUUCCAGGAAGACCACAGAAUUGUCCUGCCACAAGUCGCUCAGUGGAGAGAGGUCGUUCCUAUGAGAAAACCUGUAGAAGAAAGAAAAAUCCCUCCCCUGAGAAGUAUCAUGUUACAGAUAAAAGACCCACUGCUGAGAAGCACUGCUCUGCAGUUAAGCGCACCUUGGCUGAGAAGCUUUUGUUAGCUGAAAAACAUCAUGCUACAGAGAAGAGUUCCUCUGCCAGGAAACACCAGUCUGUUGAAAAAAGUCAUACUAUAGGGAAAUUUUCCUCUGCCGGAAAGUACCCCUCUAGGAAGAGGCGCCACUUUUCUGAGAAAAGUCAUUCACCUGAGAGGCAUCUCUCUGUUGAGCAAGAUCUUCCUACAGAGAGAGGUCGCCUUAUCAAGAAAAGCCAUCUUAAAGAAAAACUACACUCUACAGAGAAACAUGGUUUGGCUGAGAGAGGCCCCUAUGGUGAGAGAGGCCGCCCUGUCAUGAGAGGUCAACCUGCAAAGAAAGGACUUUCUACUAAGAAGAGUCUAUCUACUGAGAAAAGUUACUUGGAUGGGAGAGGUGCCUCUACUAAGAAUCAUCACGCUGAAGAGAAAGACCUCUCAGUCAAGAAAGUUAUUUCUGCACAGAGAGAUCACCAGGUAGAGACAGGACCCUUUGUGAAGAGAGGACACUCUACAGAGAAAAAUCAUCCCAUCGGGACAGUUCGGCCAGCUGAAAAAAGUCACCUGACAGGGAAAGGUCCUUCACCAGAGAAGACUACCUCUGCAGUGAGAGGUGACUUCAUCCAAAGCUACCCUGUAGAGGAGGGUCGUUUAUCUAAGAAGGGCAACUCUGCCAAGGGAGAACCCUCUCCUAGGAAAGAUCGCUGCAGAGGGAGGCCUCACCUCAGAAAAAGGUACCCUGAAGAGGAGGGUUACUCAUUCGAGUUGGGUAACUCGGCUGGGAAAAAAACCUCUGCAGGUGAAGAUCUCCCUGCAGGGAGAGGUCAAUCCAUCAAAAGCUGCCCCGCCAAGAGUCACUCAGUGGAAACAGGUAACUUGACAGCAAGAGGACCCUCUGUAGGUAAAGAUGGUCCUGAAGGGCGAGAUCACCUCACCAAAAUCCCCUCCUCAGAGAAAAGCUAUUCAUCUGAGAAGGCUAACUCAGCAAACAGCGGACCUUCACCAGAGAAAGAUCGCCGCACAGAGAGGCGUCACCUCAGAAAAAGGUACCCCGAAGAGGAGGGUUACUCAUUCCAAUGGGGUCACUCUGAGGAGAGAGAACCCUCUGCAGGUGAAGAUCUCCCUCCAGGGAGAGGUCAGCCCAUCAAAAUUCCCCCUGCAGGGGAGGGUCAUUCAUCUAGGAAGCCUAACUCUGCAGAGAGAGAACCCUCUCCUGGGAAAGAUCGACACACAGGGAGGCUUUGUCUCAGAAAAAGAUACCCUGGAGAGAAGAGUUACCCAUUUGAGAGAGACAACUCUGAGGAGACAGUACACUCUGCACGUGAACAUAGUCCCACAGGGAGAGGUCUGCCUCAGAAGAAAAGCUGCCCUGCACAGGAGGGUCUCUCUGUGGAAAGGGGUAGCUAUUUGGAGAGAGGCGCCUCUACAUGGAAAGAGGACCCGACAGGAAAAUGUAGGCCUCCAAAGAAAAGCCGACAUGCAGAGAAACAUCUAUCUGCCGAGGAAAGUUGCCCUCCCAAAAAAAGCCGUCCUGCAGAGAAAAGUCUAUCUUCCAGGAGAGUCUGCCUUGAAGAGAAAGUGCACUCUGGGAAGAAGGGACACUUUGUUAAGAAAAGAUACCCUGCAAAGAGGCAGCUCUCUGCUGAGAAAGGACAGAUUGAAAAUAAAGGCAGCUGUUCGGAGAAAGUUUAUUCUGAGGAGAGAGGUCAGUCUUCCCAAAGCAGCGAUACCGCUGAGAAAGGUAACAGAGUAGAGAACGGGUACCCUGUGCCUGAAGGUCUUCACUCCACGGAAAAAAGCUUUCCUGUAGAGGAACCCUCUUCCUCAGGAUCUGCGCCUACCAUGCCAGUGCCAAACAGCAUUCAGAAUACUCCAGAAAACCUAGCUGGCAGUGGUCCUAGUACAGUACCACAGAUUCCUCACCAGAAUGUGCCUGGGACUGUCACCACUGGUCAAUCUGAGCAGGCACGGAACGUGCGAUAUACAAUUAAAUUCAAGUUUUCUAAAGAACUUAAGGCAUGUCUUGUUCAGGACUGGGACCUGAUAAACAAGCAUAAGCAGUUAUUCCAACUCCCUGCUAAUAAGGAUGUAGAUACUAUUCUCGCGGAGUAUGUCACUUUUGUGAAAUCGCAGAGAAAAGGUGAUAAUAGGGAAUAUUCUGUUGAUGAACUUGUAUAUGGAAUAAGAGAGUAUUUCAACAACAUGCUGGCCACCCAGCUGCUCUGCCAGUUUGAAAGACCCCAAUAUGCCGAAAUCCACCUGGCUUAUCCUCAUAUCCCAAUGUCUAAGAUUUAUGGGGCUCCACACCUCCUGCGAUUAUUUAUUCAUAUUGGGACUGUAUUGUCCCAUUCCCACCUUAGUAGGCGCAGUCUUGUGCGAGUGUGUAAAAAUGUGCACUAUUUCCUUAAGUACCUAACUGCGAAUUCCACUUCUCUAUUUAGUGCCAGCAAUUACAAAGCGGCUUCUGCUGAGUAUUGUUGCAAAGCCCUGUGACCACUCCCUAUUAUGACCUGGAUCAGUAAACAUGUCCAUGUUUGCUGUUUUCACUGUAACUGUACUUGAAAAUUGUCAAAAGUAUACCAGGGCUUAAUACUCCAGUUUGUUUAUUGUUGUGGACAGGAAUAAAAAUAUUAA